AUGCGAGUUCUGGCAGGCCUAUUUCUUUUUCUGGCUAUAGUGCUGGUUGAUGCAACUUCGAGCCUUCCUGGUCCAUUAAGACUCGCUGCCACGUUCUCACGCAUCUCGAAUGAACUCGACCACAUCAGUCUGGGGAACUGCUCUCUUGCCAACGCUACCCUUCCCCUGAAUGAUACCAAAACCAAACUCCCAAAUCCAUCGUCAAAUCUAAAUCUCAAAUACAUUGCUUUGGGCCGUGGAACUCAAAACUAUUCUUGUCCAUCCUUGAGCGACUCCCACAACUCCCGCAACACUAGCAAACCUACUGCAACCGGAGCAGCAGCCACACUUUUCGAUGCUUCCUGUAUUGCAUCACAAUCUCUUACUCUUCUUCAUGAAAUGCCCGUUGUUAUCGGGGGUACUCCUCUGGGGUCUCUGGCCCUGUUGGCGGAGCUGUUGAGCCACACUACCAACAGCUCAGAUCUCAUCAUCGGUGAACACUACUUUAACGCCGCUGGUGACCCUUUCUUUAACCUGAAGCUGAGUGGCUCCAAUGCUUGGAUGGUUACCAAGAAAGAUGCUUCAGUGACGGCACCGAAGAGAGUGAGCCACAUAGCUGCUGAUAACGGAGAUGAAGAUGUGGCCUGGCUGAGGCUUAGCUCCACGGAUGGUCAUGGUAUCAAGGAGGUAUAUCGAGUGAUGACGUUUGAAGGCUCUCCUCCGUCAACUUGUGCUGGUCAGAACGACACUAUCCUAGUUGACUACGCCGCAGAAUACUGGUUCUAUGGGUGA